UUUGUUAUUUUCUUAAUUUUGGUUUCAGAUUCAUACAUAAAAAUAAAUUUAAUCCAAAUAAACCACGAAUUAACGAUUUUUUUCUUUCGAAAAAAGUAUAUUCUGCCUUCAACAUCUCAGUAAAAUUAACAUAAAUACCCAUUGAAAAACAAGUUUUAAAUCAUAUAACUCAAAACUCAAGGGAAGUGAAUUAAACAAGUCACAUGUUUUUAUUUUCCGUUAGGGGCUAGCUAACUGAUACAUUACUAAGAUCCGUGUGGUAGUGCACUUGCUACAGUGCUUUCCAAAUUGUUAAAUGAAAUGUUUCCCGUAAAAGCAACAACAAGGAUAUGGCUGGUAUUAAAAAUUUGUUCACAAUAGCGAUCAGCUGUUUCGUUAUUUGAUAUUAUCAAAUAGAUAAGUAUUCAAAGAAAUCGUCAAAAUUUGCAUCAGUUCAUACAUAUAAAGAAACAAAUCAAAAAUAUGUCUAUUCUAAAGAAUGCAAGAAGAGCUCAUUUAAUUACAACGCUCGGCAAAUUCGACCACAAAGCACUGUUGUCAUCAUCGGCAUCUUCAUCAGAUGCGCCGGCUGCUGCAACACUCAGUAGGAGUUUUUUACAAACUUUACGUUCAGAAACAUUUGGUCAACCUACUUAUGUGACACAUCCACAUCUUAUAAAUGAGGGUGAGCUUGUUAUUGGGCAAAAUGUGGAAACAUUUCGGGAGCGACGCAUGCGGCUUAUGAGUGGCAUGCAAAAAUACGCUGAAGAUCAUGAAGCUGACCAACAAAUGAAGAAAUCGAAUUUGGUAAUUGUGCCGUCCGCUUCUAAAAAAUACAUGAGCGAUAAGAUUCCCUACGUUUUUCGACAAAAUUCUGACUUCUAUUACUUGAGUGGUUGCCUGGAACCAGACUCUGUGCUCGUUAUGUCCAUGAACGAGAAAGCAGACAUCAAGUCCAUAUUAUUUAUGAGGCCAAAAGAUAAGCACGCUGAAAUGUGGGAUGGCGCGCGUACUGGUAUUGAGAAUGCGCCUGAUUUUUUCGGUGUUGACGAAGCAUACACAGUGCAACAAUUUCCAGAAAUUCUGAAAAAACACAUUAAAAGCGAAAAACCUCACGUGUGGUAUGAUAUACCCGCCUCAGAUCAACAGAGCAUAACCAACGAUGUUCAAAAUGUGGCUGGCGAUGCAUCAGCGCUAACGUCACCCGCUACAUUUAUACAAAGUAUGCGACUUUUCAAAUCGAUUUGUGAACAAGAGCUCUUGCGUAAAACGUGCCAAAUUGCCUCGAGAGCUAUAAAUGAGGUAAUAAGCGAAUCGAGACCUGGUAUCUCAGAGCAUCACCUAUUUGCUGCAGUCGAUUAUAAGUGCCGCAUGAAGAAUGCCAACUACUUGGCCUAUCCGCCCGUGGUGGCCAGCGGUAAUAACGCAACUACAAUCCAUUACAUAAACAAUACGCAAUUGACCAAAAGUGGUGAAAUGUUGCUUAUGGAUGCUGGUUGCGAAUAUGGCGGAUACACAAGUGACAUCACACGCACUUGGCCUAUAGAUGGCACAUUCACACCCGCGCAAAAAGUUUUGUACGACGUAUUGCUGCAAUUGCAGAAAGAAUUGAUAUGCACCUUGUUGAAGCCCGGUGGCGAAACAUUGGACGAACUAUUCGAUACGAUGUGCAUAAAGUUGGGCAAGUACUUGCAAGAAGUCGGUAUCGUGCCCAAGGAUAUAUCUGAUGAUAACGGUUAUGCGCGUGUCGGUUACAAAUUCUGCCCACAUCAUGUAUCGCACUAUCUCGGCAUGGACGUGCAUGAUACACCCUUAAUGCCACGCUCGUUGCGUAUGUUGCCGGGGAUGGUGUGCACGGUGGAACCGGGAAUUUAUAUAGCACAAGACCGAACGGAUGUGCCGAAAGAGUUUCGCGGAAUCGGUAUACGUAUUGAGGACGAUGUGCUAAUUACCGACGACAAUAACGUAGAAGUACUUACGGCGGAAUGUGUAAAAGAGCGCAAAGAAAUCGAAAAUGUAUUUUUAUCGAAGCGAUAAUUAAAAAACACUCAUUUAUAGUAAAAAAAAAAAAAAUAAUAAUUUAUACAUUGUGGUUGUAAUGUAAAGACUUUGCGACAAUGCCAGAUUAAUUUAUUCUGUUCUAGUGUUAACCAACUAAAAUAAAAGGGUAUUAUCAGCUAACUAAAUAAAACAUUUAAAAAAA